CUCAGAGGUGGCUUAUGCUCGGUGGGUUACGAAUCAAAGGCUCGCGGCGCUACAGAGCUACCUCUCCUUCUUUUACUGUGCCACGAGAUAUCAAACCAUCAUUUGUCUACGCUUCGACCGGCUUUCACUAAAAGAUACUAUUCACAAUGGAGACGCACAGGAAUGGGAAUGAUUCGUCUUCUGUAGGCGAGGACAACUUCAAUGAGAGAAACUCAGGACAUGGUGACAAAACCACCAAUAACAGAGUGUUGCCAUUCUCUAUCGAAGCAAUUCUUAGCGCCCCGCAUCCGAAGAAACAUUCACCAGUUACAAGGAAAGUGCCUCAUUGGUCAUCACAAGGAACCUCUAUGGAAUCACCUCCAGCUAUUUUAACUCUGGAGGACUUUACAAGUAGUAAUUUACCGGACGAUAAAUCUAAAGAACCAGAAACCGCCGAAAUAGCUUCAAGAAACCUUCAGCAAAAGCUGAUGGCAUUUCAAGCAAGACUAAACGCCAGAAAACGGAGAAAAGCGAGGACUUGCUUUACGAAUCAACAGAUAUUUGAGCUUGAGAGACGAUUUGUGUACCAGAAGUACCUAUCUCCUUCAGACAGAGACGAAAUUGCGCACUCUCUGGGAAUUUCUGGUGCACAAGUAAUCACAUGGUUCCAGAACAGAAGGGCGAAAUUUCGACGGGAUCUUGAGGAGCUCAAAAGCGACGUUCAAGCAGCGAAAAUUAUGGACAAUAAGCAAGUGAGCCGAUUGUGCAAACGUUUGGAAAUUUAAUGUCUCACAAGGUGGUUCAAUUGACACAUUCAGGUUUCUUCCGGCACUCUGCAGUCUUACAUGUGUAUAAUCCACCUACUACAACACAAGUAAGCGUUCACUUUGUAUACGCUUUUCGAGAAUCCGUUUUCUUCAAUACCCGCAUUUUCCCUAACGGACACCUGAAAUUUGACAGAUGAAUUUUCUGCCUCAAGUACGGAAAUUUUUUUAUUUAAAAGCGACUCUCUCCUAUCAGAGAUUAGAGAGACUACUCGUUGAGUUUGUAGUGGAUGGCUUGCGUCUCUUUUGUUGGCCUUUUUAAUGAAUCUGUUGAAGAAAUCUGCUUAAAUAACAUGAUUUGUCUCAAGGUUAAAUACUCUGGUUAGACUGUGCCGGCCGCAUUCAUAAAUCACUGAAUGCAGUGACACAUCUAAAGUAAGAUGCUAAAUGAACGAUAAAUCAAAUGGCUGUCUACUUAUCCAACUUCACUGAGUCGGUCGGCUUUACUGUCGAAUAAAAGGUCAGGGACAAGCUCCGGA